AUGCUAUUUCUUCUUCUUUUUUCUAUGGGUUCUCUUGUAUCGCCACCCGCCUAUGAACAAGCUCAAGCCAACGCCCAGAUUGUGCACUCGGGCGCUGCCUGCAACGUCAAAGACGAUAACAUCAGUGAGAGGAUCUACACCAUCAAAGAAGGAGACACGCUCGUGCUUCAGUGCAUCGUUAAAGGACACCCGAGACCACAGGUACGAUGGACAAAGACAGCAGGAAGCGCCUCAGAUAAAUUCCAGGAGACAUCAAUCUACAACGAGAUACUACGCAUCGAGGGCAUCCAGAGGGUGCAGGGGGGUCGCUACUACUGCAAAGCUGACAACGGGGUGGGGGUGGCUGCCAUCAAGUCCAUCCGUGUAGAUGUGCAGUACUUGGACACACCAGUUCUGACAGUUCACCAGACCAUCAGUGAUGUGCGUGGCAGUUACUACCAAGAGAAGACUGUGUUCCUUCGCUGCACCGUCAACUCCAACCCACCUGCCCGCUUCAUCUGGAAGCGUGCAAACAUGCUUAUUGAACAAAGCAAAGACAACGGCGUGGACAUCUAUGAGCCACUUUACACUCAGGGUGAGACCAAGGUCCUGAAGCUGAAAAAUCUUAGAACAAAGGAUUUUUCCGAUUACACUUGCCAGGUGUCAGUUCGUAAUGUGUGUAACAUUGAAGACAAGUCGGUCACCUUCAGGCUCACAAACAACACAUCUCCGCCGAUGAUCCGACUGUCCGUCAAUGACACAGUGGUAGCAGAUCCUGGGCAGGAUGUGGUAAUCAACUGUGAGGUGACCGCGGGUUUUCCGCCACCUACUGUGAUUUGGUCCCGUUACCCUGGACCCCUUCCACUCAACGCCAAGGUUCGUGGGUCUCAGCUGACUUUGAGGGGCGUCACACCAACAGACGCAGGCUUCUAUAACUGCACUGCAGUCAACAAUGUGGGGAACCCUGCCCGUAAGAACAUCAAUAUAGUGGUCAGAACAAUGAGCAACCUGACCUUCCAGAUUACGCCAGACUCCAACAAGGACAGUGAGACCAUUCAAAUGGGUCGGGACCUCAAGUUGUCGUGUCAUGUCGAUGCCAACCCUCAGGACAAGGUCAACUACACAUGGUACAAGAACGGUGCGCUGGUCUUCAACUCGGACAGCCUGAUCUUGCUGCGUAGCGACCCCGAUAUGGCGCCGGGCACUAGCAGCUUGGAAAUCGUGGACAUGAAAUUUCGAGAUUUAGCAACCUACAGCUGUGUGGCAAACUUCCCGGGCAGCAGCGUGCCGGAGCUCCGAGUGGAUGUCAAUAUCUCCCAGAACAGCGUAUCUCCACCAAUACUGACGGUCCCUCCAGGUGGUCAGGCGGUUAGUGCGCGAGAAGGCGGGACUGCUGAGCUUGUAUGCUUAGUAAUAGAUGGGAAACCACGUCCGCCAAUCCUCUGGUCUCGCACUGAAAAGGACCUUCUGAUGCCUUCUGGGAAGGCCGUGAUGGAGACGCCCGACGGCCGCUUGCGGCUGAAGAACGUAAGCCGGGACAUGACGGGGGCUUACCGCUGCCAAACUGCUCCCUACAACGGACUCAACAUUAAACGGCGAGAGGCACAGGUCCAACUCAAUGUACAAUAUCCUCCCAUUGUGGACCCACCAUAUCAGGACACACGUGCAAGAAACUUUCAGAUGGUUACCCUCAGGUGUUUGGUCCUCCGCUCCAACCCGCCACGUAUCACGGAUAUCCGCUGGUACCGCAACGGUGACUUUGUCCGUAUGCCCAUGCCGGACCUUAGGGAGACCCCAGAGCUCAAAUUCAAGCUGGAGCCGACCAACAACGGCUCUUAUGAAUGCAGAGUCAGUAAUAGUGCAGGAACUUCCACAUGCAGAUUUAAUGUCUCUGCUCGUCCCUACAAUGCUGAAUUCUACUAUGACACGCCCAACCCGGUGAGGAUUCUCAAAGGGAAUAACUACUCCUACAACCUGCAGUGGACCCAAAAAGACCCAGAGGCCACAGAUCGGAUUAUCGGCUACUCGAUUAAUGUCCAAAAGAAUAAGCAGGACGUGCUGUCGAGGCAUUUCGACCUCAAAGGCAAAGAACCAGAGAAGGGGGUACUGAUGUCCUACACCAUUACAGACCUGAGAAUCCCCCUUUCUUAUGAGGUCCUACUGGCUCCCAUCACCACCUACAGCCCAGGGGAAAUUGCCACUCGCACCAUCCAGUACUCUGAGCCAUACACCUACCCAAGACCCUCAGACCAUGUGUGUGGGUUUGAGGAUGAGAGGAUUUGUGGUUUUUCACAAGACCGAAGUGACGUGUUUGACUGGACGCGACAGAAUCACCUGACCCAGAAUCCAAAACGGUCAGCCAAUACAGGCCCGGAGACGGACCGCAGCGGAACCAAAGAGGGCUACUACAUGUACAUUGAAGCUUCAAAACCGCGAGUUCAAGGGGACAAGGCUCGUCUGCUUUCUCCACUUUUUAACGUAACCACAGUGAGGGGCCCCAAGGGGUCUAACAGAGUCCCUUACUGCGUCUCUUUCUACUACCACAUGAAGGGCAAACAUAUUGGCACUCUCAAUGUUCUUUCAAGAGUAAGAAGCAUUGGCACUGCUUCUGUGGACUCAAAGUUGUGGACCAAAUCGGGACAUCAGGGCCCCAACUGGAAGAAGGCCUACUUUGACAUGAGUCCCAGUGGGCCAUUUCAGAUUGUCUUUGAAGGAAUUCGAGGGUCAAACUUCGAGGGCGACAUCGCAAUCGACGACGUGUCCAUCACCUUGGGCAAAUGCAAGCAAGAGAACACUGUUGCCAGUGCAGGUAAGACAGUUCUGCUUGCAGGCUCACAGGCGCUCCCAUUGGCCAGGUGGCUGACCAUUGUCGUCUCCUGCGUCGUUGCCCUUUUCUGCAGAUGA